CCAAGAGCUCGUCGUCCACCAGUGCCCUGCUGGAAGCGGAGCAAAAAAAAACGGCGUCGGGGCAGAUAGGUAUACCCCGGGCGAGCGCAUAUAAGUACUACGGUAAAUAAGUGUAUAUAAUAGGUAUAUACACACCGAGAGGCGAGAGAGAGAAAACGGCAAAUGUCAAGCUUGUAUCGUCAGCCCGACCGACGUUGUCCCGUCGUUUAUGACGAAUGACGAGCCGCACGGCGCUUAACCUCCUGCAGUGACACGGUAACGCUUGGUCGUAAGAUAUUGUGCGCGCGUGCUCCAACGCCCUGGGGAAGAGAUCGUCGUCGGCGCGUCAUCAUGGACGGACGCCAGGUGAGGGCCUUGUAUGACUUUUCCGGGGAGGCCGGCUCGGCAGAGCUGUCGAUAACCGCUGGCGAGGUGCUCACUGUCAUGAGGGACAACGUGGGGGACGGCUGGUGCGAGGGCCACAAUCAGACGGGCCAGUCGGGGCUCUUCCCCGCGGCCUACGUCCAAGUUAUCGAGGCCACGGCACCGACGACAGGCAAUUUAGCAAACUCGGUUCAAAGCUCGGGCGACUUCUGGGACGACGAGUGGGACGAUGACUCGGAAAUCGGGCAGACGCACGCGUACGUGCCCCCGAUCCAGCAGCAGCAAAGCCUCCAGUCUGCCCAGUCGGGCAGCAUAGAUUACCACAACGACCUGCCAAUCCACGCGGUGCACUCUAUUAUACCCGAGCGCUCGAUCCCCAACGUACCAAAGAAAAACAAUAAGUUCAGCAAUCUGGUCAAAUCCGGUGAGGAGAGCUUUCUGCUGAGCUCGAAAAAGGUCAUCGUGCCCGAGUCCGAGAAGAUAUUCGUCGAGGAGAUCGAGAGCGGAAGGUUCAAUUGGGCGGAGACGGGGGAGAGCUACAACUGCGUGGUCACCUCGCCCAAAAAGGAAUCCAAGCUCAAGGGCUUGAAAAGCUUCAUUGUGUACCAGCUCACUCCUACGUUCAACAAUAUUCAAGUGUCGCGGAGGUACAAGCACUUUGACUGGUUGCACGAGCGCCUGGAGGAGAAGUUCUGCUUCGUUCCGAUACCACCUCUGCCGGACAAGCAGAUAUCCGGACGGUACGAGGAGCAGUUCAUCGAGCACCGGCGUACUCAGCUCCAGGAGUUCGUCGACUACGUGUGUAGGCACCCGGUGCUGUCGCGAAGCCGCGUCUGGCAGCACUUUAUCACCUGUACGGAUGAGAAACGCUGGAAGGCUGGUAAACGGGCUGCCGAGAAGGAUGAGCUGCUCGGGGUCAACAAUUUUUUUGCGAUAGAGUGCCCGGACACGCCGCUCGAUGCCAUCAAGAUCGAGUUCCAGACCGAUGCCUUUGCCAAAUUCAUAUCAGGGCUUGAUCCAGUAGUGAAGAACUUCACGGCGAUGGCGACGGACCAGGCCAAGAAGCACCAGGUGUUGUAUAGGAGGGAAUUUCAGAAAAUCGGCUCGUGCUUCGGAGCCUUGAGUCAUGCCUUAGAGGCCGACGAUGUGGGUCGUUCGCGUAGUCAACUCACAAAGGCACUCAAAGACACGGGGGAUGCUUACAACGAGAUCGGAAAAUUGUAUGAGGAGCAGCCCAAGUUCGACUGGGAGCCUUUGGCCGACAAGUUUCACAUAUACCGGGGGAUCGUCAUUGGCUUCUCCGACGUCGUUGGUAUUCACAAGCUUUAA